AUGUGGUCGCAUGCCGGGUGUGGCUAUCUCGACGUCGGGCCGGCUCCGACAGCGGCGACCCGCGAUAAGGCAGGCAGCAAGCCCAACGCCCGUGUCUUGACGUCUGCCUUCUCUCCCUUGUCAGCUGCCGCCACGGCCAAGCUCAUCUCCACCCCAGCCGAGCUGGCUACUUUCCUCGCACAGCUGCCGGAAACCACCUCUCUAUAUGUCGAUCUCGAAGGCCACUGGCUGUCCCGGGCUGGAUCUCUCGACAUCAUUACCUUGCUCUCCCUCCCAGACGGCCAGGUCCGGCUCAUUGAUGUCUGCACUCUCCAGCACGCAGCUUUUUCCACUCAGGCCGCCACCACGACCACCAAGAGCCGGGGCAGACCCAGGACCACCCUCAAGUCUAUCCUCGAAGACCCCGCCGUGCCAAAGUAUCUCUGGGACGUCCGCAACGACGCCGACGCCCUGUUUGCGCACUACGGCAUCGCGCUCGCAGGUGUCACCGACCUGCAGCUUCUCGAGAAUGUCGCGCGGCGGGCCCACCCCGUUCAUGGCCACCGGAGGCGCUAUCUUCGUGGUCUGGCGCGGAGCAUCGAGACAGACCUGGCACUGACCCCGGCCGAGCUCGCACUGUGGGCAGGGACGAAGGACCGCGUGCGCGCGCUGAUGGAGCCGCAGCCCGGCCGAGACGACGAGCAUGCAGCCAAAGGGCCGCGGCAGAUUGUAGAACUUGCAGGAAACGUCAUCUCCGGGGUGAUUCCAAAGGUGCUACUCAAUGCGGUACGGGCCGGGAAGCGCAGUCACUCAUUGGACGGCAAUUCAGAAAAUGGCCUUGACCGUGGAACUCCAGCCCUUGAAAGUGGAGGGACGGCAUCAUAUCCGCGAAAGGUAACACGGACACCGCGGCACCAGACUUCCCCACCUCCCGGAGACCUCGACUUGUCACAGAGCGUCUUCCGCACUCGGCCCUUGUCCCUUGAGACCAUCGCCUACUGCGCCAACGAUGUGGUCCACCUGCCGGCUCUGCACGCCGAGUUCAAUUCACGCCUCCCUCCUACGUCGCCGUGGCAUCAGAAAGUCCGGGAGGAGAGUGCGCGGCGGGUCGUGGAGGCACAGGCGACGAAAUAUGAUCCCUUUGGGGCUCGGAGGGCGCUGAGCCCGUGGAGCAGGCUUGCAGUAGGGCCGACCACGACAACCGCGGCAGCCGCGGUUGAUGUCGCGCCAUCGGCUUGA